CAGCCUCACAAAAAUACUUGCACAGGGGGAAAUUUCCAAAGAAAUUGAACGAAUUCUUCAGUCAAACUGGAAGACAUGAAGAUAUAUUCAUUGUAACAGAUGACUGGAGAAGGAUUAAAGAGCUGGUGUAAAUGACUGCUGCUGCCUCCCAGACCAAGAUAACCUGCUCAGUCAGUUGGAGCCCCCUGUGGACAGCUGUCUCUCUCAGCUGAUGGAAGCUGCUACUAACCACUGAAUGGGGGAGCGUGGAGGAACAGCCACAGUACCAGCAGCCGCAGCAGCUGAAACAGUGGCGGCAGGCAGUAACAGCAGCAAGCAAGAGCUCUAUUGUUCCCUGAUGUUAAACAGUUUUUCCUUUUCAACUGGCAUGCACAAUAGCUGGGAAGCGAUUUCCAUUCUGCCAUCCCUGUGAAGAAAUUCUGAAGGGGGGGGAAUUUACUCACGCCCCCGGGGUUAUCCAUUGUACUGCAGAUUCUGAUACUGAACCAGGCUUCUGGAAGGCAUGGGGCUGAGAGAGAAGAGCUCAGCUUUAUCCGAUGGUCCAGGGGCGUCCGCUGUUCCAAGCAAGUCUAUUGGAGUUCUUGUGGUUCUUCUGUUUGGAAUCUGGGGAGCUAAGGCACAAAGUGAAUUUGAAACUUCAUCUGUGUAUUUGUGGAAGACGGGUCCAUGGGGUAGGUGUAUGGGAGAUGAAUGUGGCCCAGGAGGCAUCCAGACUCGUGCAGUCUGGUGCGCGCACGUGGAAGGAUGGACCACAUUGCUUACAAACUGCAAGCAGGCAGAGAGGCCUGACAACCAGCAGAACUGCUUCAGAGUUUGUGACUGGCACAAAGAAUUGUAUGACUGGCAGUUGGGUAACUGGAAUCAGUGCCAGCCAGUUAUCUCAAGGAGUGUGGAAAAACCAGCAGAGUGCGUCAGAGGGGAAGAAGGAAUUCAGACAAGAGACAUAAGGUGUGUCCAAAAAUCAAAUGGGGUUGUAGUAGAGGACACAAUAUGUGAAUAUUUCGAGCCUAAGCCACAGCUGGAGCAGGGAUGCCUCAUCCCUUGCCGGAAGGACUGCAUUGUGGCUGAAUUCUCGGCCUGGUCAGAGUGCUCCAAGAGCUGUGGCAAAGGGCUGAAGCAUCGGUCUCGCCAUGUCGUUGCCCCACCUCAGUUUGGGGGCUCUGCCUGUCCUAACCUGACUGAAUUUCAGGUUUGUAGUUCUUCCCCAUGCACUACUGAAGAAAGCAUGUAUAGUCUGAAUGUGGGUCCAUGGAGUACAUGUUCAGUGCCCCACUCACGACAUAUACGGCAAGCAAGGAAACGUGGAAAGAACAAAGAAAAAGAAAAGGACAAGGACAAGGAGAAAGCAAUAAGGGAUCCGGAAGCCCGUGAGCUUAUUAAGAAAAAGAGGAAUCGGAACAGACAGAACAGACAGGAGAACAAAUAUUGGGACAUACAAAUUGGAUACCAGACCAGGCAGGUGAUGUGCACUCACAGGAAUGGAAAAACCGUUGCCUUGAGCUUUUGCCAACAGGAGAAAUUGCCAAUUACUUUCCAGUCUUGUGUGAUCACAAAGGAAUGCCAGGUGACAGAAUGGUCUGAAUGGAGCCCAUGUUCCAAGACAUGCUUUGAUAUGACAUCCCCGAAAGGCAAUCGCACAAGAACAAGGACCAUUAAACAGUUUCCUGUUGGUAAUGAAAGUGAGUGCCCGGAACUAGAAGAAACCGAGGAGUGUAUGUCUCAAGGAGAUGGAGUGCCCCCGUGUAUCAUGUAUGGUUGGAGAACGACAGAGUGGACUGAAUGUCGCAUUGAUCCUUUACUGAGCCAGCAGGAUAAACGACGUGGAAAUCAAACAGCUCUUUGUGGAGGUGGGAUUCAGACGCGGGAGGUGUAUUGUGUGCAAGCUAAUGAAAACCUCCUCUCUUAUUUAAACACGCUCAAAGAAAAAGAAGCAUCCAAGCCUGUGGAUUGGAAGCUGUGCACAGGCCCAACGCCAAGCACCACCCAGUUGUGCCAUAUCCCAUGUCCUAUAGAGUGUGAAGUAUUAGUCUGGUCUGCUUGGGGACCAUGUACAUUUGAAAGUUGUGAUGAUCAACAAGCAAAAAAAGGUUUUAAACUAAGAAAACGCCGCAUCACAAAUGAACCCACAGGAGGCACUGGCAGCUGCCCCCACCUGCUUGAAGCCAUCCCAUGUGAAGAACCAUCUUGCUAUGACUGGAGGAUAGUAAGGCUGGAAGAAUGCAUUCCAGACAAUGAAAAGGAGUGUGGACCUGGUACUCAGGUUCCACAGGUAGUCUGUAUCAACAGUGACGGAGAAGAGGUUGAUAGACAGCUGUGCAGAGAUGCUAUCUAUCCAGUCCCCAUCGUUUGCGAUGUUCCAUGCCCAAAGGAUUGCGUACUCAGCACGUGGUCUGGAUGGUCCUCCUGCUCACACACCUGCUCAGGAAAAACCACAGAAGGAAAACAGAUGCGUGCCCGUUCUAUCUUGGCUUAUGCAGGUGAAGAAGGAGGACUUCAAUGCCCAAACAUCAGCAUGUUGCAGGAAACACGCACCUGCAAUGAACAUCCUUGCACAGUGUACCACUGGCAGACAGGACCUUGGGGCCAAUGUAUAGAGGAUGUCUCUGUGUCAGCAUUUAAUUCUUCUUCCAGCUGGAAUGGGGAAGCCACUUGUGCAGUUGGGAUGCAAACAAGAAAAGUCAUCUGUGUGAGGGUCAACGUGGGACAAGUAGGACCCAAAAAGUGUCCUGAAAGCCUUCGUCCUGAAACUGUUAGACCUUGCUUGCUUCCCUGUAGAAAAGAUUGCAUUGUGACUCCUUACAGUGACUGGACACCAUGCCCGUUAUCAUGUCAAGAAGGGACUGCUACAGUAACAAAGCAGUCUCGGCAUCGUGUCAGCUUGCAACUCCCUGCAAAUGGUGGCCGUGAUUGCCCAGAUACUAUGUAUGAAGAAAGGGAUUGUGAACCUCUUCCUGUCUGCAGUUUUUACAGGUGGAAGACACACAAAUGGCGCAGGUGUCAGCUUGUACCCUGGUAUGUUCGUCAAGAUAGUCCAGGUGCUCAGGAGACAUGUGGUCCUGGUCUACAAGCUAGAGCAAUAACAUGUCGCAAACAAGAUGGUGGACAGGCUGAUAUCAGCGAGUGCCUUAAGUAUGCAGGCUCUUUACCACCUUUAACUCAACUCUGCCAAAUCCCUUGCCAAGAUGACUGUCAGUUCACAAACUGGUCAAAAUUCUCCUCUUGCAAUGGAGAUUGUGGAGCAGUUCGGACAAGAAAACGGUCUCCAGUUGGAAAAAGUAAGAAGAGGGAAAAGUGCAAAAAUCCCCAGAUGUACCCACUGAUUGAGACUCAGUUCUGUCCAUGUGACAAGUAUAAUGCCCAGCCUGUGGGGAACUGGUCAGACUGUAUUUUACCCGAGGGCAAAGUGGACGUAUUACUGGGAAUGAAAGUACAAGGAGACAUCAAAGAGUGUGGACAAGGCUACCGUUACCAAGCCAUGGCUUGCUAUGAUCAAAACAGCAGGCUUGUUGAAACAUCUCGAUGCAACAGUCACGGAUACAUUGAAGAAGCCUGCAUCAUACCAUGCCCUUCUGAUUGCAAGCUCAGUGAGUGGUCCAACUGGUCACGUUGCACUAAAUCCUGUGGCAGCGGGGUCAAAGUUAGGUCUAAGUGGCUGCGAGAAAAACCCUACAAUGGUGGAAGGCCGUGCCCCAAGUUGGAUCACGUCAGUCAGGCACAGGUAUAUGAGGCUGUCCCAUGCCACAGUGACUGCAGCCAAUACAUAGGAAUCACUGAUCCAUGGAGUGUGUGCAAAGUGACUAAUGUGGACUUAAGGGAGAAUUGUGGAGAGGGUGUGCAAACCAGAAAAGUGAGGUGCAUGCAAAACACUGUGGAUGGCCCUUCAGACACUGUUGAAGACUACCUUUGUGACCAGGAAGAGAUGCCUCUUGGUGCUAGGAAAUGCACAUUGCCAUGCCCAGAGGACUGCGUCAUGUCUGAAUGGGGCCCAUGGUCUAGGUGUCCCUUGCCAUGUAAUGGAAGCAUCAUGAGGGAACGGUCAGCAGAAGUGAUGAGACAACCUCAAGAAGGGAAGGCCUGUCCUCCCUCUGUGGAGACAGAACCAUGCAGUUUCAACAAAAACUGUUUCCACUAUCAUUAUAAUGUGACAGAGUGGAGUACAUGUCAACUAAGUGAGAAAGCAGUCUGUGGUAAUGGGGUGAAGACAAGAAUGCUUGAUUGUAUUCGCAGUGAUGGCAAAUCUGUUGACCUGAAGUUCUGUGUAGAGCUUGGCUUGGAAAAGAUGUGGCAUAUGAACACGUCCUGUGUGGUGGAAUGUCCUGUGAACUGUCAGCUGUCUGACUGGUCUCCAUGGUCCAAGUGUUCUCAGACUUGUGGCCUUUCUGGAAAGAUGAUACGAAGGAGAAAGGUUAUCCAACCCUUCCAAGGUGAUGGCAGACCAUGUCCGUCACAAAUGGAGCAAUUCAAACCCUGCCCAGUGAAACCUUGCUAUCGAUGGCAAUAUAGCCAGUGGGCUGACUGCAAGGUUGAGGGUGCUCAGUGUGGAGAGGGCAUAAGAGUAAGAAACAUUUCCUGUGUGGUGUAUGAUGGAUCCAGUGAUGACGUAGGCAAAAUGGUAGAUGAGGAAUUUUGUGGGGAAAUUGAGCCUGUUGUUGAAGGCAAUAAGAAAAUGGUGCUCGAGGAAACAUGCACGCUACCUUGUCCAGGUGAUUGUUACUUAAAGGAGUGGUCAGAAUGGAGUCUUUGUCAGUUGACUUGUGUAAAUGGCGAAGAUCUUGGAUUUGGAGGUAUACAAGUGCGAUCACGAGCAGUGAUGAUUCAAGACUUGGAAAAUCAACAUCUCUGUCCAGAGCAGGUUUUGGAAACUAGACAAUGUAAUGGUGGCCAGUGUUAUGAGUACAAGUGGAUGGCCAGUCCCUGGAAGGGAUCUUCUCGGACUGUAUGGUGCCAAAGAUCAGAUGGCUUAAAUGUUACAGGAGGCUGUUUAGUGAUGCACCAACCAGAUGUUGACAGGUCAUGUAAGCCACCGUGCAGCCAGCCCCAUUCUUACUGUAGUGAGAUGAGAAUGUGUGCUUGUGAAGAAGGAUACACUGAAGUCAUGUCUUCUGAUGGCACACUUGAGCAAUGCACUCUUAUCCCAGUGGUAGUCAUUCCCACAGUGGAGGACAAAAGGGGAGAUGUAAAAACGAGCCGAGCAGUGAACCCCACACAGCCACCCAAUACCCCAUCAGGAAGAGGAAGGACUUGGUUUCUACAGCCAUUUGGACCAGAUGGGAAGCUGAAGACCUGGGUUUAUGGUGUAGCUGCUGGUGCAUUUGUUUUGCUCAUCUUUAUUGUUUCAAUGAUCUAUCUUGCCUGCAAAAAGCCAAAGAAGCCUCAGAGAAGACAGAACAACCGUCUGAAACCUUUAACAUUGGCUUAUGAUGGAGAUGCAGACAUGUAAACUAUGACUUCCCAUCAACCUUAGUUUCUUAAACUGUAGUGUUUAAAGGCAGCAUGUACUUUGUGUACAUUACGGAGCAGAUGUUACAUCACAAGACAAAAAACAAUGACUUCAUAACGGCCAUGGAAUUUCCAAGAAACAUGUUUUGUUCUAGACCAGUCAGUACAGCAAAUUCUGUUGACUAAUUCCUACUGUAAGCUCUGCAGCUGGAAAUUUUAACGUGGCCUUCUUUGAAAUUUAUGAACUGGGUAGCCACUUGUCUCUCUAGCCUAUGGUAGAUGACUUAGUAGUGACAUCAUCUCUGAGAGUCUUGAUGCCAAAACUUUCAGUUGCAUUAACCUAUUGUACUCAGAAAGCAUGAAGAGAUUGUACCAAGAUGUCUAGAAUGCUUUACAUACAACUUACAUACUCAAUUGGCACCAUAUGUAUUAAUCUGUCAAAUGAGAUAUUGGCUACAGAGCAUCGUAAUGCACAGCAACCUAUUAACUUUUAACUGAGAAUUAACAACCCUCUGAGCAAAUUUAGCAUCUUGGCAGAUUUAAGGCAGUUUUUCUUAAGCUGUUUUUCAAAGAGCGAGGACUUCCAAGAUGCUGUCCUCUUAUCAGUUCCAGGUACGAAAGCCUUCACACACACAAUGAUUAUGAAAAGAAACAUUUUCAGGUUCAAUAUUUUAUAGGAGGUCUGGGAAUUAAUAUCCACAUGUAAUAAGUUUUUACUUUCUCUAACUCUCAAACUGUUGCCUGCAACUUUUUUGCUACAUGUAAGGCAAUUUUUUGCACUAUAUUAGUGCAGCAUGAUAUGCACUUAUUAACUAGUAUUGCCAUAGAAACUGCCUCUUUUCAAGAAAGGAUGAGGGGGUAGGUGAUGUGUCUUUUGCAAACAGCAUCAAAUAGACCUUUACCAAUCAGUUCUCAAGUCCUGAUGAGAGUAGAUACCAGUUUCUGGACUGUGACUGGAUCAGACCAGCUAAUACAAGUACUGUUUAUGCCAUUUCUUGUAACAGCAGCUUUUUUGUAGUCAAUGCCAUGGCAGUAAUGUAAAUGUCUACUUUCUGAUUCUGUCCUACUUCUACAGGUAAUAGAUUUUCAAGUUGAUUUCUAAUUACUUUGAAGGUUCUUUAUGACUAGAUUUUUAUAUUGCUAACUUUGUAAAAAAAGAAAAAGAAAAAAGUGGGUACCCUCUAAUCUUGGGGGGAAAUACUUGUUUAAGCAAUGUUCCAGUGUUUUCAUCAGAAAGAAUACAAGAUACGUUUUUAUUUUUCUCCCACUAAUGCUAAGUGUUUAAUUGCUGCAGAGUUUAUAGCCCUUUUGUACUUAUCUCUUAUACAUCAUUAUCCAGAAAUCUUACUUGACAAAUGAAAGCUCCAGUGUUCUUAUAAACUUUCCAUCCUGAAAUGUCCGCUCCAUUCAUUUCAGUGCACGAAGCUGAUUCCUAGAAUAGCUUUUGAAUAGGAACUCCCAAAACACAUGAUAAGGGCACGCAAAUCUUUGGAUUAGUGUGACCGAGUCCAAGUUUUUAUAAUAGUUUUAACAAUACAACUACUUACAGCUACUUAAUUUCUUAGCUAUUCACCUCUUUUAUUCCAGUGGGUUUUCUGUGUUUUACUUCAAAGAUAAAAUUUCCAGGGCAUGAUGCAAGAUGGUUCAGAGUUUAAUCAAGAUCGAUUUAGGAGCUGUUUGAUCACGGAUGAAUAAGCAAUACAACAAAUCAGUAUUAUUCUUUAUAAAACAGCAUUUUAAAGUUCUGUAUUGGUUUCUCAUGUUUCUGUCAAUAAGCUAAACUAUUUGUAGUUCACCUAAAUAACUUUAUUUAGAAAUCAGAUUUUUAAUACAACCAACACUACAACUAUAACAUAGUUGUGAGAUCGGUGACUUUGAGAUCCAGUGGGUCUCUUCUACUAAAUAAGGGAGGACUCCUGCUUCCAAUGCAAGGUUCUUCACUUAAUGAAGAACAAUUGACUGCAAUAGAAAUGAGUGUUUGGAAUGGUGUGGAUUAUAAUCUUUGGUCCUGUUGGAUUUCCAGGAGAGUUCCCCACUUCCACAGCAACAACUGGAAUCCCCUAUUUGUGUUUGUCAAGUUACCUGAUCAUCCUAAUUUCCAUUCUUGGAUCCCAGAAACACAGAAUGCUUUCUGGCUACAAGAACAUCCUGUACUGAAAACAGAAGAACAACUUUAUUGUGCUUCUAUAGCAGUAUUAACUAGAAAGAGAAACAGGUGGGACAACUGAGCAAAAAGUAUAGGAUCCUAGUUCUGCAAGGUGUUGUUUAAAACUAGACUGUAAUACAUCGAAUCAACCACAAAAUAGAUUAAUACUCUACACAUCAUCCUGAGACUUUACAUUCCUCGCAAGGCUGAGAUUUGGAGCAGCAGUAUCCUGAUAAGCAAGAACACUGAAGGCCAAAAUAUUCCUAAAACAAGAAUGUUUAUGUUAAGCUGAUUUCAGGGAAAAAAUUUUGUUGUCAAUCUCAUGACACUCCGUUUAUGCUCAUAUUCUUGAGGUAACAUGGUGUUUUGCAGAUGCUGCUGGUCUAAUUUAUAUGCCACAUUAGCAGAGGUAGAAGAUGAGGUAGCAAAAGCAAUGUCUUCAACAUUUGGGGGACAUUUCAGGUAUGAUUAAAUCUUGUUUACACGUUGCCAUCCAGGUGGGCAAAUUCAAGUUCAAAAUUUUAUCAGUAAGAUUAAAAACAAAAACAAUGGCAGUUUAUUCAAUACAAAAUAAUGACGAAAACAUUGGCUUAAUCCUAGUGUCAACUGGGAUUGAUAAUGAUGAAAAUAUUGGCUUAAUCCUAGUUUCAACUGGAUGGCUACAUGUUGGCAGGCUAGGGUAAGAACUGUCCCUAUACAAUGCAGUGGAAAGAAUUUUUAACAUAGGCCCUUCAUGUGGAGGCCCACUUGAUUCAUGAGGUUUUUUUCAUCUCCUCUCCCCAUGGAGAAGGGGCAACUUUGCAUUAAUGGGGCAGGCAGGCAUGUAUGAGAAGCCCUAUGGAUGUCCAUUCCAUACUUUUCUGUAAGUGCUUAGGAGAGGAAAGAAGGUGCUUGUUGUGACACUUGCCCACCCCGUGAAACAUGUCACCAUCUGGUAAACUUCUGAAUCAGGACACUAAAUUGCAAUAUGGAAUAUAUUCAUUGAUUCAGAGCUUUUCAACUCUUUCAGGCCAAUGUGGCUGCCUGUGGCAGAUAUACGGGAAAUAGAUGCUUUGAUUCUUUAGUUCAGAUUAUAUUUACUACCAUGUUGCAAGUUCCUGCCAAUUUAUAGUCUCUUAUCUUAAUAUACACAACUCAUGCUGCUUUUAUUAAAAGUAAGGAUUUUUCCCAUCGCCUGUGAGCCCUAUCUACAAUUAGAAGUACAAUUACAGGGAAAAUGGGGUUAUUCUAAGCAGCCUUGAGUGAAGGGUCUUUGGAACAAUAGUUAAUAAGAUCCUUUAAAGUAAAUAAAUAUAAAAUACAGCCAAUGUUAAGCACUGAAAACUGAGUGGCUGAUAUAAUUGCUAGCAGAACUUCACCACAUGCAUCUCAGAUUUACAUUACAGGGUGUAAGAAAUUAGAUGCACAAAAGUUUAAAGCUUGAAGGAUUUUCUUUCAUUGUAAAGAAGGAGAAUUAACUUUAAAAGAUUAUUGGGAUAGGAAGAAGGCUGCAAUUGCAGUCUGGAUUAUGUGAAAGCUAGAGAUCAGAAAGGUAGUAUUGAAACAGUAAUUUAAAAGGUAUCUGUAUAAAAACAAGUUACUUUAAAAUGUUAGUGUUUCUACAAAUCCAGUGCCUAAAGCAGCCAUUACUGUAGAUUGUUAGUUUGUGAAAAUGUUUUCAGUGAUCAACUGGCUUUAAUCCAUUCUGAAAAUAGCUGACUAGACUAUUUCUCAUUGUAGCAAUUUGUAAUUUCUGAAAUGGUGGGUUUUUAAAGAUUACUACGUCUGCUUUGAGUCCUGAAACCAUUUCUCAUCAAUGUCUGCUGGUUCUGCACAAGCCCAAUUAUAUUUGUUACAAUUGCCAGCUCCUAAAAUCCCCCCUUGCAGAAAUUUGAAAUAUCUUUUUCAAAUCUAAUGCUAAAAAGUGAUCCAUCUGUAUAAUCAUAGCAAACAUCAUGGGGGGCGGGGGACAGAGAUGUCCCUGGAAAGAAACAGAUCUGUGUUUUUACCUUUUGUAAAUUGUGCUCACCCAAAGUUAAAAUUUAUUUUGCCUAACUUAAUUUACUUGAAUUUUGAGGGGGUAGAACAUGGAGGUGGUUCUCUGGGGAAUGUUUACCUUUUUGUUAAUUUGUAAAUUGUGUAAUGCAUUUUUAUUUUUUAAAUUAUGUAUAUUUCUUUUUUAAUGCACAAAAUGUUUACGUACAACUACUGCAUAUAUGUGUAUAUUGUUACUGAGCUUUAUUCAGUUUAUACAGAUCACAUGUGAAAACGUAACCAUUUUUACAUUUUCACAUGGGGUAUUUGUACAUCCUGAGGUAAUGCGGACAAUAAAUAUUAACACAAAAAUGAUGUAUGAGUUUAUUUUUUAAUUAAGACAUUAUUUCGUCAUGGGGCAGCAAGUACUCCUCCUUCAGUACUGAAACACACAUCGUGGCAGAGUGCUCUACAUCCUAUUGUACGUGUUAAGGU